AUGGUUUUGUUUGGAGCCUCCAAAGAAGAAGAAGAUCAGCUCCGUGCGGCUGCCAACGUCCAGCAACAGCCUGGCGUUGAACACAGACAGUCUUACUCGUCAGCCAACAUCUCUGCAUACGAAACUGCCGACGACAUGGUGUCGGAGCCAGAGGAGUACCCUAAUCCUGAGCACCGCACCAGCACAGGCCCACAGCAUGCCAGCGACCACCCCCACGACGCUGAGCUCGACGACGCUACCAUCAAUGGCGGUGCUCCCUCAUCCAAGUACAAGGACGCAGCCAACUCUGCUGACUCGAGUGUGCACGAAGACCCUGAACCCUACAACGUGGACUCCGACAUGGACGAAAACGCGUUGAACCGUCGCUACACUCUCGAGAGAAUCUCAUCUCGCAGAACCGUCGAGGACGUCGCUGCCGAGGACCUUCUCAAGACCAUCUCUGGUCACAACACCCAUGCAUCCACCCCAGAAAACGAAAAGUCCAUCGACUUGGCUGCGUUGGACUGGGACGACCCUUCUGACCCUGCCAACCCUCAGAACUGGGCUCCCUGGAAGAAGUGGGCCAUCACUUUCACGGUGGCUCUCGUGUGCUUGACAUGUUCGUUGGGCUCUUCGCUCUACGUCAGUGGUACACCUCAAUUAAUGCUCAGAUUCGGAGCCUCGCAAGAAUUGGUCAUCUCUGGUUUGACCUUCUACAUCUUGGGUUUGGCUCUUGGACCACUCAUGACCUCGCCCUUGUCGGAAAUCAUUGGACGUAGAUGGAUCUACGUGUUCUCGCUUCCUAUUGGUAUGUUGUUCACCAUGGGAAUUGGCUUGUCCAAAAACAUUCACACCAUCUUGGUGCUCAGAUUCUUCGCAGGUUACUUCUGUAGCCCUGCACUUUCUGUUGCUGGUGGUACUGUGUCAGAUCUCUGGGCCAACUCGCCUUCCGAUAUGUCGUUUGCCAUUGCUCUCUUCUGCUUGGCCCCAUUUUUGGGUCCUGUUGUUGGUCCUAUCAUCGGUAAUUUCGCAGCCGAGCACAAGGGCUGGAAAUGGGCUGCUGCAUGGGUUCCACUCAUGUUCUCUGGUGCCAUCUUGCCCUUCAUCGCUGCUGCUCCAGAAACCUACAAGCCCACAAUCUUGUCUUCCAGAGCUGCCAAGAGAGGUCAGACCAUCAAUAGACCUCCCAUGACCGGUAAGGCCAUCAAGGAAAUGGCCAAGUACGUUUUGUUACGUCCUUUGGAAAUGUUGAUUUUGGAACCAAUCGUGUUGGUUAUGUCCGUUUACAUCGCUUUCGUUUUUGCCGUUUUGUUCGGUUUCUUCGAGGCCUUCCCUAUCAUCUUCAACGGUGUUUACCACAUGAAGCAGGGUGUCUCUGGUCUUCCCUUCAUCGGUGUUGGUUUGGGUUUGGUCAGCGGUGUUUUCUUCUACGUUCUCAUGGACAAGUUCUACUACUUCAAGAAGAACCCAGACGGAACCAGAGGUAACUUCGACGAAAACGGAAACAUGAUCUGGGAUCCACCUGAGAAGAAGUUGUUGAUUGGUAAGAUCGGUGCCGUCUGUUUACCAAUCUCUCUUUUCUGGUUGGGAUGGACCGGCAGAAAGGAAGUCCACUGGAUGUCCGCCACUGCUUCUGGUUUCCCAUUCGGUUUCGGUUUGAUCUUGGUUUUCUUGUCCGUGUUGUUGUACUUCUCCAUGGCUUUCCCACCAAAGUCGGUGGCCUCCGCCAUUGCCGCCAACAACCUUUUGCGUUACAUCAUGGCUUCUGUGUUCCCAUUGUUCACUGUCCAAAUGUACCACAAGUUGCAUAUUGACUGGGCCUCGUCCUUGUUCGGAUUCAUUGCUCUUGCUAUGGUUCCUGUUCCUUUCGUGUUCGAAAAGUUCGGCCCACGUUUCAGAGCCAGAUCCCGUUUCGGUUACGCUGCUUACUUCAAGCAGUUGGCUGCUGAAAAGGCCCAAAAAGAAGCUGCUGCUGCUGGUUCCGCCCCAGAAGCUGACAGUGACGAUACCAACGAAAAGCCAGAAGAAGUUGUCUCCAACUCCGUCUGA